UGGGAAAGAGAUAGUGGUCUGGAAAGAACAAACCAAACCCUCUUAUGCAGAGAUCUUGAAAGGAGAUCUUCCACAGCAUAAAGGGAUAGUAGACAUGGAGGUGGAUAUGGUACCUGGUCCGGGAAGGGAGGUGGAAGAGGAAAAGGGGCUGGGGGAAUUGUUAGUCGAUGAUUUGGUCGAUGGAGAUGUGGAAGGAGAAGGGGUUGGGGAGAGAGAAGACUCUGAAAUAAAGGAUUCGGAUCAGGGUGGGGAGGGGAUGGCUAGGGGGGAUAAGGAGGAAUUGAUUGUAGUAGUGGAAAAGGUUGUGGAAUUUGGGAAGGUGGAAGGGGUUGACGGGGGGCAAUGGGAGGUGAGCGAGGAGACACAGAAACGGGAUAGGGUGGGCAUGGAACAGGGGGACGAGGAUUCGGUGAAGGGAAAUGAAGGGAAAUGCAGCACGGGGGAUGGGUUGGGAGGAUGGGCUGGGAUUAAGGAGAAGGAAGUUUACUCAGAGUUAGAUCUCAGUGAAGAAGGUGAGGGGGAGCAGUCGGAUCCGAACGAAGAAAUGUUGGUAAGGAAGAUUAUGAGGGUCAAGGAUUCCUCAGGCCAUGAGGAGGUAGUGAGUGGAGUGGAGAGGGAAGAGGACGAGGAAAUAGGAGAGGAAGAGGGGUGGAGAGGGGCUGUACUUGAGUCGGAGGAAGAAGAUGAGAAUGAGAAGGAGGGAGGGGAGGAAGAAGAGGAUGAAGAAGACAUUCUAGGAAUAGUGGGGGAGACCAUGCAGGGGGAACACUCAGAAAGGAAUCCUGGGCCCUCCUUUGAAGGCUCACCUAUCCUGAACUCUAGGAGAACACUGACGCAUGUUGCACGGUUGGGCAGUUCUAAAGUUUAUUAUAAUGACAUGUUUGAUGGGGUGGAUGGGGAAAAGAGUCCCACUGUAGGGAAGGAAGACAAGGAUUCACUACUGUUCACAGGUAAAUCGAGAUGUCCUGUCCUGAAGGAGAUUGGGACUCCUGGGGGUUCCCCUUCUAAAAAGGCCAAAAGAAACGAUUCUACGGGGAGAGGAACCAUAGAGGAUGAACUGUUUGAAGUCUCCCCGGAGCUGGAGGUAAAGGGGGGUAUGUGGAUACAAUGGUUCUUACUAGAUUAUCCAUUAAUGAAGUAGCCAAAAUCCUGGCGAUCCCGGUUACAGAAGCUCCAUCAGAUAUCGAGGUAGCGGAACUGACAAAACGGCAUGUUCUACAUCAUACUGGUUCGGUGGCGGCUCUCCCCAUAAUGAAGCCUAGCCGAUACG